CGUGAAUGAAGGCAGACAAAAAAUGGGGCAAACCUCCUAAAGCUAUCAGACCACAGCCUAAGCCAGCGCUUCGUGAAGAGAGUAAUCAUUUAUAAAUAUCGAAAAAUACCCUGAACAAAGUAUCUUCAGUGAGAAAUCAGUAGAAGCCUCUACUAGGUUAGGAACUGUUGAUCCAAACCUAGAUGUUGCUUAUAAUGAAUGCGAGAAGAUUAAUCAGCUCAUAAUGGAGGAGAAACAACGCCAACAGCGCCGUCGCUCAGAAAGGGCCAAUAAAAUGGAUAACCCCUCCCUUCACAAUGAAAUAGCUGACGGCCAUUCUGAUCAUAGUCAGGAAGGCCAGCAUUUUCCUGAACAGUCUUUCAUACGUCGGCAAAAACGAGAAAUCGCUAAAACUAAAAAUUUAGGAGAUUUUCCCAAUGAAGAAGUCGAUAGUGCUAGCCAUGGAAAUCAAUUACUCCCUGAUGAAUUUGUCAAAAACCUUCUAGGAUCAGAUUAUGGUGCAAUUUCUCAAGAGCCUAUUCAGAAGUCUAAAUUUGGAGAAAUAAAAGAAUACUACCAAGACCAAUCUCUUGCCAGGAAUCAGCUCAAAACGAUUCUGGAUAAAAUAUCUAAUCAGAAUUCUGCCAAUACCAAGAAAAAUGAGGAUAAGAUGUUAAUGGAGUUGUACCUCAACUCUAAAAGUUUUGGUAAGGAUAACUCCAACAGUGGAGAAAGUUCCUCCAUCAACUUCUUAGCCAGAAGCCCAGGAACAGACAAGCCUCUGUCUCCUUUUGAAAAAUAGAAAAGCCAAGCUAAAUGAAAGUAUUCUUAGUGAAGUUAGUGAAGCAGAUAAGGUCGAACUAGAAGGCAAGUUAACCAAGCCAUCAUCUUCUAAGAAGAGCAGUACUAGAAACCUCACCCAAAGCAGCAUGUCCCAAAAAGGAAAAGUGAUUUACCUCCAGAAGAAGGAAUAUUUACCUAGUGAGAAGGAAAAGUCAGAGGCUUUGGAGAGACAAGCUAAGCAUAGAAGGACACCAAACCAUCUUAAAAAGCCAUUGGUUAACAAUAAAGACAUCAAAAAUAUUGGGUCUAAGUCUUUACAAAAGAAAGGGUCAAGGUCUAGAAUUCCAAAGAUUAGUAGAACAAGCAAGAAGCUGAAGAAAAUAUCUGCUAAUAAUUUGAUAGAUAGCCAACAGAGUAAUAUCAAUGGCAAGACCCAGACCUCUCUGAUCCCAAAACCCAAAUUCUCGAUCAGCCCUUCUGAUUUAAUGAUGAGGAAGUAUAGCCAAUCUCUAACGAAAGAUUCGAAAAAUGGACUUCAUAGACAAAUUCACAGGAUUGCAAAAUCUUUGCCUCAAAGAAUGCAGCCAAAAUCAGCUAGCAAAGAGCUAAAGCUCCCAGAACUUCAGAGUAAGAUCAACCUUGAGACUGGUGGGAGAAUGGAAGUCUCAAAAGAAGAGAAGAUGAUCAAGAAUUUGUCCCAUCAACAACUUCCUCCAAAGUCUAAGCCUCUGAAAAAGCCAGAGCUUCCUCAAGGGAAGAACUCUCCAUUGAAGAAUACUAGUGAAUCCUUCUUCACGAACCCUUCGGGUGGAAUGAUGCCUAAUCUAUUCUCCGAGGAUAAUCCUGAAUGAAAAGGAAGGCUCGUUCGCAAGUUCUCCCUAAAUUCUCGAGGAAUUGGGCAUGAUAAAGGACUACUUGGCAGGUCAUCGCCUCUUAAGGAAUCCAAGAAAAAGAUUCCUAGUCGGCAUAAAAAGGCUCUACAUCGACCAAGGCUAGCCCAGCUUAGAGAACAGAGGUGCAGGAGCCAAGGUUGGAAUAAUUCUGUUGUUGUCGGCUUUAAUGAUACUGAAAAAGCUAAGCAGAAGAGAGACAGAAUUAAGGAAUACUGGAAAUCCCGUGUUAAGCCUAAUUUCCGUCCAAAUCUCGACCACAACAAAAAGUUAGAGGUGGAUUUGAGGAAGAAAACCCAGGAAUUAAAACCAGAGAAAUCAACAAGAAAAUUUGAAAGGAUAUCUCUAACCCAGCUUUCCUCUAUGGGAGAUAUGAAGAAUUUACACCUAAUUAAGUAAUUAUAUAUUCUCAAUAAACCAUUAA